AUGUUCAGAAAUAAUUACGACAACGACUCUGUCACAUACUCGCCGACCGGGCGCCUUUUUCAAGUCGAGUAUGCUUUAGAGGCUAUCAAACAAGGAUCUGCCACUGUUGGUAUUGCUUCGGCAAACCAUGUUGUCUUGGUGGCAUUAAAGAGAAACGCCGAAGAACUUGGCAGUUAUCAAAAGAAGAUCAUCAAGGUUGACGAUCAUAUGGGUAUCGCUUUAGCAGGAUUGGCUCCUGAUGCCCGUGUUUUAUCUAAUUACUUGCGUAAGCUUGCCAUGAACUCCAAACUUGUUUUCAACAGACCUUUGUUAACAUCUAAAGCUGCGUUGUCAAUUGCGGACAAGGCUCAAGAAAACACUCAGCUGUAUGGCUCUAGGCCCUAUGGUGUCGGCUUAUUGGUCGGUGGAUGGGAUGAAACAGGCGCUCACUUAUAUGAAUUUCAGCCAUCUGGAUCGGUAUUAGAGUACUAUGGUGCAGCCAUUGGAGCUAGAUCUCAGGCUGCCAGAACCUACUUGGAGCGUAAUUUAGAAACCAUCAGGCAGUGCACUGAAAUUGAAGAUCUUGUCGUUCAUGGAUUGAAUGCAUUGAGAGAUACCUUAUCGCAGGAUAUGGAGUUGACUAUGAAAAACACAUCUGUCAGCGUUGUUGGAAAAGACCAAGAUUUCGUUGUUUAUGAUGACGAAGAUGUACAAGUCUGGUUGGACAAGCUUGAUUCCACUUCUAACGCCCGAGAUGUUGACGAAGCAGGCGAUGCUGGUAACGCAGGAGAUGACGAGGCCGCUGAGGCUGAAAAUGCUGAUGCUACAGGAACAGCUUCCGGUGCAAAUGAAGAAAAUACUGCUUCGGAUAGAAUGGAUACUGACUAG